ACUCCACCCAGUGACUAAUAAUAUAUUGUAAGCCGGCUGUCGGUUUCCGGUAGUAUGGCGACGACGUGGAUACCCUACUUCUUUUUAGUUUGUGCAAGGAGAGACUGGUUUGUGCUCUGAGCCAGGCAGACCUCUUCGCCAGUGCUGAGUGCGAGGGACUAUGCUGCUGCCGCUGUUGGUGCUGGGCACGAUCUACACUUGCGCUGUGGUUGGUACGAAGGAAGCCGAGGACAGCAGCCACAAACCGCUACUCAACUACAGCAGUUUCUCUCUACCGGAGGAGCAUAUCCCAUACUUCUUGCGCAACAAUAGGAAGGUCACCGAACUUUGCCGACAGGACCCGCUCUGCCCUUUCAAAGAUGCCCUGCGGGUGAAGCAUGCUUGUUGGGGGUACGAGAAGAAUUGCUCCCCUGAGCACAGAAUGGGGUACCCAUUCUGCUCUACAGUAGACUCUGGAUGGGCCAGCUCAGUGUCAGAAGCCCAGGAACUUUUCUGGAAGCAGGCCGACUUUGGCUACGUGCGGGAACGUCGGGGUGAGCUGAAGACACUCUGCAAGCCCUUGAAUCCAGGGGACUCCUCUCUGAAAUGUGCCAAUCACAUGCGUUUCUGCCGGGUCACCAACCUGUACUUGGACCUGAGGAACGCCCGGAGAGGUCAUGAGAGGUACAAGGAGGACUUCUUGCAGAGGGGGGAGAUAGGAGGCCGCUGCCGGCUCAAGAGUAAAGCAUUGGCCGCAGAGGGGCAGCAUAAGAGCCCUCUCCAGUCCUGGUUUGCAGAAUUAGAGACUUACACAGAACUGGCCUUCCAUCCAGUAGAUGAUGGCCACUGUGAUGUUGUCGUUGAGAAGCCUACGGUAUUUAUGAAGCUGGACGCAGGGGUGAACAUGUACCACCAUUUCUGUGACUUUGUCAACCUCUACAUCUCCCAGCACCUCAACAACUCCUUCAGCCGGGACAUCAACAUUGUUAUGUGGGACACUAGUGUUUAUGGCUAUGGAGAUCUCUUUGAAGAAACAUGGAGGGCCUUCUCGGAUUACAACAUCAUUCAUUUGAAAACCUUUGAUUCGAAAAGGGUGUGUUUCCGAGACGCGUUCUUCUCACUACUCCCGAGGAUGAGAUUCGGCCUCUUCUACAACACUCCGUUGAUCUCCGACUGCCACAGUGAGGAUGGGAUGUUCAGGGCAUUCUCUCAGCACGUCCUUCAUCGACUCAACAUUCCACAGGAAGCACCCACGGAUGGACGGGUACGCGUCACGCUGCUGGCCCGGAGCACCGAGUACCGUCGGAUCUUAAACCAGCAGGAGCUUAUAAACGCCCUGAAGACCGUGCCUUCGUUUGAGGUCAGGAUUGUGGAUUACAAAUACAAAGACAUGCCUUUCCUGGAGCAGGUCAGGAUAACACACAACUCGGACAUCUUCAUCGGGAUGCACGGUGCGGGCCUCACUCACCUGCUCUUCCUGCCGGACUGGGCAGUAAUCUUUGAGCUAUAUAACUGUCAGGACGAAAGCUGCUAUCGAGAUCUGGCACGGCUGCGGGGGGUUCGUUACGUGACUUGGCAGAAAAGGGACAAAGUGGUCCCGCAGGAUAAGGGCCACCACCCCACGCUGGGCGAGCACCCCAAGUUCACCAACUACUCCUUCGAUGUGGAGGAGUUCAUGCGGCUGGUGCUGCAGACUGCUGACCACGUGCGGGGCCACCGGAAGUGGCGCGCGGAGCGCCACCGGGAUGAACUGUGAGACUACCGGCAGCGAGUGAACACUCCCGCCACACACACACACACACACACACACACGCAUACAUACACACACACUUCUCCGUCUUCAUCAGCGCUUCUCGUUUUUCAAGACACUCCAGUUUCAGACAGCACUCCACUUCUCACCCCCGGGUCACCGAGUCGUUUGCUCCGAGUGCCAGCUGAUGAACCGGCAGGAACUCAUUUGUCAGUGUUUGUGCUCUCCGCUCAUUAGUAGGCGGCGCAGAGAGAGGACCUCUGCACUCCCGGCUUCCAUAGCCCUGCCUCUGCACACACACACACACACACACACACACACACACACACACACACACACAAGCAUGCUAUGACAGCAGCAGCAGCUCCGCUCCAGGGAAGAGUGUGUGUGUGUGUGCAUGCGUGCAUGCGUGUUGCUGUAGUCAGCCUGUGGGUCAAUCAGUGGGCCCUGUGUAUGAGUGAGCCCUCUGCUGCAGGACCCUUGGCAUUAAUUAGAGGCUUCAUUAACGGGGAGAUGAGUGCCGUGGCGUGCCCGUCGGCAAGAGACCAAACAGUUCCCUUGUGAAUGUGUUGGCACCUGUCUGCACAGAAGGUAGGCCGAUUCCACUACAGCACGUCACCUCCAAGCUGACCACGCAGAGUGACAGGACCAGGCAUCUUAUAUUAGUUCACCAAGCAACUUGGGGUACAUGCCAGUCUCUGGCAUUGCACAGGCACAGUUCGCUGAAUGUAUUUGAUGGAAGUUGUAGAAAUUUGUGACCACCAUGUUUGAUCAUCUGGUAUUUAUUUUGUUGUUGAGUGUAUGCGCCUUUCUGACAACAUAGUGCUUUUGAAAAACGUAUAUGCAUAGGCUUGGUCAUAAGGAUAUGCCAUUGCAUGUGUUCUCAAAAUAACUCCAUAAAUACUCCAUAUUCAUUUUCCUUAGCACCUGUCUGGAUGACCUACAGAAUCAUGACAAACUGCCCCUCCCCCCCAAAAAGUGCAUUUUAUUUCAUACUUGAAAUGUUGAAGGACCCAUGAUGUUUUGUAUUUGAAUAUUUGUUUUAUGUCAAAAUGAAUGUAUUUUUAAAAGUGUCAAAUGUA